UUGCAAAUCUUUUGGUUUGUGUGUAUUUUUAUUAAAAAAUAAAAAGUUAAAAUGGCUGACGAAAGUGUAGCUGAUGCUGGUGGUUUCGGUUUAAUUGCUGAAAAUUCAAGCCAUAUCGAUGAGAUAAGACGGACGGCACCGAUAUUUAAUCCUAACGAUCGGUACUAUGAUAUGAGUGGAGAGAAAUAUUUGUACAUUUUCAAUCAUUACAUGUACAAGAAAACACGGUAUUUUAAUAAUUCACGGCCCAGCACAAGAGAAGGUACACAAAAAGACGUCAGCAGGCUUACGGAGGUGUUCCAAAACCUAGGAUUUCUAGUUACGACCUACAAUGACAAGGAACACGCGGAAAUUAUGGAAAAAGUUGCGGACAUCAGCAAAAAGGACCAUAAGCAAACGUCAUGUAUUUUCUUCGCGUUUCUCACACAUGGUGACUCUGGCGGGGAGUUACAUGCAGCUGACAGACCAUAUUUACUGAAGGACGUACUGGUUUUGUUGGAGCAUGGCCACGCUUCUCUGGUUGCUAAGCCUAAAGUUUUAUUCGUUCAGGCAUGUAGAGGCAAUAAAGCAGAUAGUGGAAGACGAGUAGAACUGGAUAGCUCAGGCGUUUCGUACGUAGUGCCGACUCAUUCGGAUUUCUUAGUACUCUACUCGACUGUUGAAGAUUACCUCAGCUACCGGGAUAUCAACGGGUCAUUCAUGAUCCAAGACCUCUGCGAUAUAAUAGUUUCUUACCACGAACAAUGGGAUCUGCUACAUUUGGUAACAAUGCUCCACAACAGAGUAGCGCACCAUAGAUCGACAUAUUCACCAAGGAGACUCGAACAUCAUGAUAAACGACAAAUGCCAGAAACACGAUACACUUUGACUAAGCUUCUGAAGUUUUAGAAUGGAUAAAGUUAAUAAAUUGACCUGAAAACUAAAUUCCGAUUGUGUAAAAUUCGCGCCAAAUUGUGACAUGUCGGACGCCAUUUUGAAUUUGGCGUUGCAAAAUAUUAUUAAAGUGAACAUAUUUUGUAAAUUCAAGAAAAAAAACUUAGGUACAUACUGAUACUUGAAAAAUGAAAGGUAUAAAGUUUUUUAAGUCAUCGUAUCGAACAAUUUACUUUUUGCGACAUAAAUACUGUCGGAUUGUGUGGGAUAAAUGUAUUGAUAUCUAAUAAUGAAUAAAAAAUUUCAAUAAAUUUUUGUUUUUUCGUAAAUCGUUU